GGCGGCAGCUCCGCCGCGGGCGGGCGGGCAGAGCUGUCAGCCGCGGGGCCGCCGGCACCGCCGCCCCUACCCACGCGUAUGUACACGGCGCCUAGGAAAAUGAGGGAAACUAUGCCCCAGACACCGAUAUUUUCCAGCAUGCUUGGUUCCAGUUGUAGUGGACAAGUACAGCCAGAUAUGGGAGAGAGGUGUGUGGACCCUGUUUAUCAGGAUGGGAACCUUGUUUCUGGAUCACUGGAGGCCUUGAUUGAGCGCCUGGUGCCUACCAUGGACUAUUAUCCAGAUAGGACUUACAUCUUCACUUUCUUAUUGAGCUCACGAGUCUUCAUUCACCCACACGAGCUCCUAGCUAAAGUGGGGCAGAUCUGCAUUAAACAGAAGCAGCAGCUAGAAACCGGGACUGAGGCAGAAAAGGCAAAGCUAAAGUCCUUCGCUGCCAAAAUCAUUCAGCUCCUGAAAGAAUGGACCGAAACUUUCCCCUAUGACUUCCAAGAUGAAAAAUCCAUGAAAGAGUUGAAGGAGAUUGCUCACAGGAUCACACAAUGUGAUGAGGAAAAUGGAACAGUGAAAAAGAUCAUUAGCCAGAUGACACAGAACCUCCUGAUGGCCCUCUCUGCACGGAGCCAAUACCAGGAAAUCAGAGAGAAAUUCCGGCAACCUGUUACCGACAAAGGCACCAUCCUCAAAACCAAGCCACAGUCAACUCAGAAGGACAUCCUGAGUGUCUGCUGUGACCCUCUGAUCUUGGCACAGCAGCUGACAUACAUUGAACUGGAAAGGGUGAGCAACAUUUACCCAGAGGAUCUGAUGCAGAUUGUCAGCCACAUGGACUCCCUGGAUAAUCACAAGUGCCGAGGCGAUGUGACCAAAACCUAUAAUUUGGAGGCCUAUGACAAUUGGUUCAAUUGUCUCAGCAUGCUGGUGGCUACAGAGAUUUGUCGGGUUGUGAAGAAAAAGCAGCGUACAAGAAUGGUGGAAUUUUUCAUUGAUGUGGCAAGAGAAUGCUUCAAUAUUGGAAACUUCAACUCAAUGAUGGCCAUUAUCUCUGGCAUGAACUUGAGUCCUGUGGCACGGCUAAAGAAAACUUGGUCCAAAGUCAAAACAGCCAAAUUUGAUGUCUUAGAGCAUCACAUGGAUCCAUCCAGCAACUUCUGUAAUUACCGCACAGCCCUGCAAGGAGCAGCACAGCGAUCUCAGACUGCCAACAGCAACCGAGAGAAAAUAGUCAUCCCGGUUUUCAACCUCUUUAUUAAAGAUAUCUACUUCCUGCACAAAAUACACACAAACCGCUUGCCCAACGGGCAGAUAAACUUCAAGAAGUUCUGGGAGAUUUCAAGACAGAUUCAUGAUUUCCUGACAUGGAAGCAAGUUGAAUGCCCUUUUGAAAAGGACAAGAAGAUUCAGAGCUACCUGCUGACAGCACCCAUUUACAGUGAAGAAGCUCUGUUCAUUGCAUCCUUUGAAAGUGAAGGUCCAGAAAACCACAUGGAAAAAGACAGCUGGAAAACACUCAGGACAACUCUGCUUAACAGAGCCUGAGACUUUGUGGAUCCGAUCUGCAGACUUUGAAGCACAUGGAAUGAACGUGUUUUUACAGCCUGAAAGACUUGGACUGAGCUAAGAAAGGCCUCACUGGCUGAGGUCUGUUUUGUAUAUACAGUAUCUUUUAUGAAAUCAAACGUGGUAAAUAUUUCACAUGUCAACCUUAAGGCACUUAAGUGAAGGGUUUUGGGUUUUUUUUUUAUUUUCAAUAAGGGCAGGGCCCUGUUCUCAGAGAUGAAAUGUAUCAUGGGAGACAGUAUCCCUGGGGAGAUCUUAUUCUAUCAGCAUCCAAAUUUUUAUUUUUUAUUACUUCCACCAAAAUCAACACAAAUUAAAAACACACAUCCCAACUAAAGACAGCGUUCAGGCUAAAUACUCCAUUGGACCGGUAUCCUGCAGAACACUCAGCGUGUCUCUCUAGCUUUGGAGUGAAGGGUUUCCUUCAAAUCAGCGGUACUCUUCACAUCUGUCAGUCAGUGUUUAUAGAGUCGAGGCCUCAGACAUCUGCAGUAAGCAUGUUCCUCUCCUACAUCAGAAUAUAGUGCCUUACAAGGUACUGACAUCCUUUAGUGUACCUUCUGUUACGCUGGACUGGAAGUAAAGAAAAUAAAGAUAUGGAUGUCUCGAAACCAGCUACAAUGUACUUUUUAAAUGAAACGGAGAAUAUGGCACAUGAAGUAGAGUAUACCUGCCUGUAACAUUGAUGGUGCAGCAAACAUAUUUUUGUUACAUGAUUUAAAGAGAUGAGAUGGGGUAACUGCUGGGGGAUGUGUGUUUGUGUGCGAGUAUGUGUGUGUGCAUGUGUGAAGAUGCACACCUGUCUACGUUUUAAUACUUCUGGGAACUAUCCUUUAAAUUCUGGCUGUCAGAAUAGUUUGUGUUUUCCUUUUGAAAAAAAAACAAUCAGGGAUUUUUUUCUUUUGUUGAGGAGAAGGAUGUCUAACCUAGAUUAUCUCUGCAAAACAGGCUUAAUACUUUCUUUGAAAACAGUUUUUGGAAAAUAAUAAUCAUACAUGAGCUCGAGAGAGGGAAGUGAACUCAGAUGUCCACUUUGAACUUAAGGCUAAAGUUUCCAAAGAAGCUUAAGAAGAGUUCAUCACCACUGAACUGGUCAUUUCAUUCCCUUGGUUCCUUUGAAUAGUCUGCACUUAACAGACAAUUGAAGCAACGACCAACUACUGCUAUAAAGCCUUUUGUAGUAUUUUGCAAGCCAUGAUUAACUGGGAUCUAAGGGAAAACACCAAGAGGAAUUGGUCAGACCUUUGGACCCAGGUCAGCACCAAAAUUGGAGGCAAUCUGUGAACAGGUUGAUGCCAGUUCUCUCUAAUUUACCCUUUUAGUCUUGAGUUUACAUCUAAUUUGGCUAUCCAAGUGAGCACCUGAGGAGCUGAUGUUAUGCUAAGACUCAAGGUAUUCAUUUCCAGGAAGAAAUACACAGUUCGGGAUUUAAUUUCUCACCUGACCUCUGAAUUAAAGAGAAAAACCUCAGAUUAAAAACUAUUUUGUGUAAUGAACAAAACUACCCAUGAAUAUCUACUGUCCUUUCCACUAAUUGUUCUCUCGAGGCUUGAGAGCUGGAUAUAAUAACUCAUAACAACUUGACCCAGACAUAUAUAAAAGAAUAUUUUUGUUAUUUCUUAUUUAAACAAGGCACUCUAGAGUCUUUAGUGGUUACAGCCUCCCAGGACCUUGCAGGGGACCUCUGCACAAGCUUCUUUAAAAAUGAUCCAUUCUAAGCAGAUGGGAUUUAUCUUGUUCCGCCUUCUGUUGCAGAAGGGGCAAGACUUGCUGGACUGAGGGUCUGGUUUAUUGCAGUCCAGUAGACUCUUCUUGCUGAGUGCCUACAGCUAUUUCAUGUAGCAUCUGCGAUCACUCAGUAGAAGUUAUUUGCUGUGUUGGCGCUGUACUACGGUAAAAAAUUAAGCCUUCCCUCUCUCCCUGUUCAGCUCCCCUCUUGACAAAUACUUCGAGGAAUAAGUUGAGGUAAGGAAGGGAGAUAAAUCAACAUUUUGCUAUUCCCAUAGCAUUGACAAAGAGAAAACAAAAGCAAGUAAUGUCAUGAAGGAGGAAGAAGUGGAAUACCAACUGUUAACAAGAACAGCCCAGAAAAUGGGAAGGGAUAAUUCUUAUGAUCUGCUGCUAUUUUUCCUGUGCUGAGGUACUGACCUUCAGCUCUGGAUUAGAGUAAGAAUAUUUAUACUGUAUUAUUACAGUGUUUUGCACUUUCAGAGAUGUUCUAGCUAGUAACAUUGCCGGACACUAUAAGAGGGAUUGUAUAUCAGCUUGUUUAUGUAACUGAAGUUUAAAAGGGAUGCUUAAGAUUUAAGGAAAAAAAUAUAUAUAUUUGAAAUGCAAUUUUAGAACACUUUCUGUAAAUGUAUAACGAAAAGCUUUCACAUGAAUGUGCACUUCACUGGUCAAUCAGUCCUAGUAUAUACUUGAAAUCAAUGCAGUAUCGACAUUGGUUCCUUUUUAUUUCUCCUCCCUCGGUUUGAUACGUUUCUUCAAUGCCGUGGUUUGCGAUUCUGAGCUGAAACGCUAACUAUAAAGCUGUACCAUAAAGCAGGAUAUUCCGUGUUUGACUGGAUGUGCUUGCAUUAAUAAAAUACAACUUGCUUCAACCAGG